AUGCUAGACCGCCUACCGUUUGAGAUACUCGCCGCCAUUCUGGACGGGCUGAGCUCUCAGGACUUGACUCAUCUGAGCCUGACCGACAGGUGCCUCUCCGAACAUGCAGAAGUCAAGUUGUUCUCCUCAGUCAGGCUUUGCAGCUCAGGUCUCGAAAGGGAUGUGGAUCUUUCUGUUGGAUACAGGAGACCUUGCGGUCUCAUCAAAAAACUUGUGCAGUAUCCCAUCAAGGCCAGUCACAUCCGAAAGCUCGAGCUGGUGAUCUCACCCCAGGACUUGGAUUCGCGCGUGGCCAUGCUUCUUCGUGGCUGUGGUCGUCACCUCCGGGAGCUCGAAUUAAGCGUGACGCUUGGUCCCGUGGAGGUGAAAGUCCUUAAUACGAUAUUGGACGAGAAUACCUCGGAUCUUCCACAGCUCACUCAUCUCUCGCUUCCGCUGUCGCUCCUAGGCACUUCACUGUGCAGAGAUCUGUUGAAGAAGACACCUAGACUCCGCCAUCUGAUUCUCAAGCGGAUUAAGUCUAGUUAUCUGACCAACUCGGAUGUAGGGCAGUCUCCCUCUCAGAACAUGGCUUCGACAAGAUUGAAGAUUGUCUGUAUCACCGAAUUGACAUUUCUAGACUAUGAGAGCGUGUCAAACCUUUUCACCACUUCUAAAAGCAUUGAGCGACUUGAGAUUACCUCGGGCCUCGCUGUCAAUGACACACCACCCUGGAGAGAACUCACUGAAAAGAUCCGUCAACUGCCGAGUCUGAGCCAUCUGACUGUGGAACUGGGCAGGCCUUGGAGAUGGGAGACGGGAGGAUUCAAUCAAUUACGGGACCUGACCCUUCAAAGACGAUACGAUGGUUGCUAUGUUCCUUCGCUGCAGGACUUGGCCAUUCCACCUCUCCCAAACCUGGAGAUUUUGCGUUUUGUCAACACAAGACAGACCUCGUCCAAUCCCUAUUUCUGCUGUCAGCAUUCGCGUCAGUCGACGCCGCCCGCGAUUCAGACUGUAGAGAUUCCCUCAAGCAUCCUUGGGAAUAUUCGAAUGGCUCCCAGACUUCACAGGAUCGAACUUCACACGGUCCUACCGAGGCUCAAUCUCGGAUGCUGGACUGAAUCCCCUGAGAUGAUGGAAGAAGCGGUCGUUGAGUGCAUCAGAAUUCGGUCAGUGUCCACGCCGGGACGCUUUGAGCCCAUAUUUUGGUGUCGGAACGAUUCGCACGUUCUUCUGCGGACCGAUGGAACAGUCAGACAUCUCAAAGACCGUGUGGCGCAAGACUGGAUCAGCAUCGCAGGUCAAUCCGCAAAGCAACGAGUCGAGAUUCUGCCAGAUAGAAUCAGCGUGUCAGCUUGGAUCAAAGAUGAAAGGCAGGUGAUCGUGCCCAUGGAUGUGUGGGAGCUUCCGUCCGGCUAG